AUGGCACAGCGCAGCACCUACCCAUCAAGCUCCCUUGCAGAGAGGAGCUGCAGUUGGAACAGGUUCUUCUCUGUGUUCAUUGCGCGCAGAGGAAUAAGUGAAAUCCUUACCAUUUCUUGCACGUGUAUCUUUCAAGAAAAUCUGAACAGUGUAAGCCUUGUUUCCACCACGCUGGGUCCCCAUCUUCCCUCUACAGUUGUACUGCUCAAACGAUCCACCUGCUCGUUGGCCUCCGUUGCAGCAGUGGCGGCCUUUUGGCAAUGGCAAGAUGUCCUCCACGCCUUUGCAAUUGAGGAGAAAGACGAUGUAUUCAAAAGAACGGCUUGUCCUGCUUUCCUGCUGUUUGAGAAUGCCGCCUACUUGGCUGACAUGACCUUCGAGCUCCCUUGCAACUGCAAGCCAGAAGAGGUCAAUUCUGUAGUCUGGUACUUCCAGAAAGAUGAGGGCAGCCACCACACCACGGUCCUGACGGACUUUGCUGGCACCAUGGUUGUGGACUCAGGCCAUAUCCACGUGGGCAGUGAUGUGCUGAAGCGUUUCAGUAUCCGCAUGUUCAGUCUCAUCGUCUUCCGGGCCCAGGCAGGGGACUCAGGCCUCUACCUGUGUGGCACAAAGAAAGGGGACUUCUUUUAUGGCUACGACGUGGACGUGCAGCCAACCAAGCACAUUACAGUGGCUUUUGUGGACAGAGGCCAGCAUGCUCAAGAGGAUUACACUGAGAAGGUCUUCAGCCUCUUCACCACUUUCUGGGACUGGACCAAAUGCGACCGCUGUGGAGUGAGAGGUGAGCAACGACGAAUCGGUCUCUGCUACGUGAGGAGCGCCCAGCUGCACCCCCGGUACCGCACCGCGGUGCCCAACGUGACAUCAUGUGGCUCGAAGGCUGUCCCUGUGCGUUUUCACCACCCUGGCCAACUCCGGAGGCCAGAAGUGGUCAUCCGAAGCUGCCUGGCACCUUGCCUGAAGGAGGAGGUCCCCAAGGAAGGAGUGCAGGCCAUCUCCAACAUCAUUUCAAAGCUCGGCCAAAAGCCCUGGCAGCCCUCCAUCCCCACGCAGCUCCACACACACCCUGCUGGAAGCAGGCUGGUCAUUGCCUGCCCAAGGGCCAGGCCCGAGCAUGCCGUGGCCUGGGACAAAGGCUCCAUUCGGCUGUACCGCUCCCACUACCUCCUCGGCAUCAACAGGAGCAUGCGCAUAUUCAUUGACCACGGCAAUCACCUGCACAUCCUCCGUGUCCGGCUCAGCGACAGAGGCACCUACUACUGCUGGCGAGAGGGUGAGCUGGUGGCCGGCUUCCGGCUCAGCGUCAGCUACCAGAGCCAGCGCAAGAGGACGCUCGAUGAUCCUGAGACGAUGUAUGCCAUCAAGAUCAUCCUCACAAGCUACGUCCUCAUCACCACUAUCUUCUUCGGCAUCCACCUGUGCCGCUGCUGCAGGCGGCUCUUUUGGUGUCCUCCCAGGACAUAGCGUCUCCUCUAUGGCCUCAGAGAAUUAGUCUCAUCACUGUUAGGACUUGGACCGUUCUCCCUUGGGCUGCUGGGAAGCAUCCUAAGCCAGGUUAGAAAUAAAUGUGAGCAAAAUGCUACCUGCUCACUCGCUCCCUUUUGAGUCAAGAACAGAACAUGAGGACCGAAGCUGAAAACUUGCCAUGCUCCAGGGUGUUGUGGCUUGGAAGGGACAGGCUGGGAUUUAGGAGUGCUGGGGUCCGCUCUUGGUCAUGCUGUUAGCUUGCAGUGUGAUUUUAAACCCAAUAUAGUCCUUUUAAAGAGAAUAUUUUGAGUUGUUGUAGUAUUUUCUGGCCAAGCAUUACACGGUUGUUGAACCACAUCAGUGAUUCUUCAGAGCUAUUUUGUUUGUUAACAGGCUGCUAUAUAA